UUCUGUCACUAGCGGAUCCUGUGAGAAGCUGCGGCAGGGCGGGCCAUGCCGUCGGAGGGUCGCUGCUGGGAAACGCUGCAGGCGUUGCGCAAUUCUGACAAAGGUCGCCUCUGCUACCACCGCGACUGGCUGCUGCGGGGCGAGGAUGUUUUAGAAGAAUGUAUGUCUCUUCCCAAGCUAUCUUCUUACUCUGGAUGGGUGGUAGAUCAUGUCCUACCCCAUACGCAAGAGAACCCACCUCCCUCUGAGACUUCACCAUCCUCUAGAUCUACUUCAGCCCUAGACCAACCCUCGUUUGUUACCAAAUCUUUCAUCAGAAACUCUGCCUUCUCACCAGCCUCCCCCAAAACAUCAGAUGGAACCAAGGAGAAACAUGAGUCCCAGCAUGCAGAAUCUAUCGUCCUUCAGUCCUCCCGGGGAAUCAAAGUGGAAGGCUGCAUCCAAAUGUACGAACUGGUGCACAGGAUGAAAGGAACAGAGGGCUUGAGGCAGUGGCAGGAGGAACAGGAGAGGAAGGUGUGGGCCCUCUCGGAGAUGGCAUCUGAACAACUGAAACGGUUUGAUGAACGGAAGGAACUGAAGCAGCACAAAGAAUUCCAGGACUUACGGGAAGUGAUGGAGAAGAGCUCCAGAGAAGCCCUGGGACACCAAGAGAAGCUAAAAGCUGAGCAUCGUCACAGAGCAAAGAUUCUAAAUCUGAAGCUGCGUGAGGCAGAGCAACAGCGCCUGAAGCAAGCAGAGCAGGAGCGGGUUCGGAAGGAAGAAGGCCAGGUCCGCCUGCAGAGCCUCUACGCCCUGCAGGAGGAGGUGUUGCAGCUCAACCAGCAGCUGGAUGCCUCUGAGCAGCACAAAGACCUACUGAAGAUCGACCUGGCUGCCUUCCAGACCCGAGGCAACCAGCUGUGCAGCCUCAUCUCAGGGAUCAUUCGGGCCACUUCGGAGAGUGGCUGUCCUACAGCAGAGAGCCAAGCUGAGGCUGAGCGAGCUCUGCAGGAAAUGCGGGACCUCCUUACCAACUUGGGACAGGAGAUCUCCAGAGCCUAUGAAGAAAAGAAGAGGCAGGAUGAGGAGGAGGCCCAGGUAAAGCUGCAACACUCACAGGUACAGCAGGGUUCAGAGGCCCACAAAGAGUCCCCAGCUCCCAGCCAAGGCCCAGGAGGGAAACAAAAUGAAGACCUCCAGGUGAAGGUACAAGACAGUACAAUGCAGUGGUACCAGCAACUACAGGAUGCUGCUGCUCAGUGUGUGUUGGCCUUUGAGGGUCUGAUGAGCAGCAAGGACAGUCAGAUCAAAAAGAUAAAGAUGGACCUCCAGAAGGCUGCCACCAUCCCAGUGAGCCAAAUCUCCACCAUUGCAGGUUCAAAGCUGAGGGAGAUCUUUGACAAGAUCCACAGCUUGCUCUCUGGAAAACCUGUUCAAUCUGGUGGGCGCUCUGUGUCCAUCACACUUAACCCACAGGGGCUGGACUUUGUCCAGUACAAACUGGCAGAGAAAUUUGUGAAACAAGGAGAGGAGGAAGUGGCCUCUCAUCAUGAAGCAGCAUUCCCCAUCGCGGUUGUGGCAUCUGGAAUCUGGGAGCUCCACCCCAGAGUGGGGGACCUCAUUCUUGCUCAUCUACACAAGAAGUGUCCUUAUUCUGUUCCUUUCUAUCCAGCUUUCAAGGAGGGAAUGGCUUUGGAAGACUAUCAGAGGAGGCUUGGCUAUGAAGUAAAGGAUUCCAAAGUGGAACAGCAGGACAACUUUCUGAAACGCAUGUCUGGGAUGAUUCGUCUCUAUGCUGCCAUCAUCCAGCUCCAGUGGCCAUAUGGAAACCGACAAGCGAUUCACCCUCAUGGCUUAAAUCAUGGCUGGCGCUGGUUGGCACAGAUCUUAAACAUGGAGCCCCUGUCAGAUGUGACAGCCACCCUCCUCUUUGACUUCUUGGAGGUGUGUGGGAAUGCCCUCAUGAAGCAGUACCAGGUCCAGUUCUGGAAGAUGAUGCUUCUCAUCAAAGAGGACUAUUUCCCCAGAAUCGAAGCCAUCACAAGCUCAGGACAGAUGGGUUCCUUCAUACGCCUCAAGCAGUUCUUGGAAAAAUGUUUGCAACGCAAGGAGAUUCCUGUCCCCAAGGGCUUUCUGACUCCCUCCUUCUGGCGCUCCUGAUGUCACUCCAUCACCUACCAUCACCAUUAUGUUGCAAAGAGGCAUUAAUAAAGCAACUAAAGGCAGCUGUAUUUGGGAGAAGUCAUGUCAGAUUUAGAAGUCUGCCAAUACGUUUUUUUAUAUAUUUUUACCUUGUGACUAGGAGAGGAGAUUUUCAUGGGCACAAAAUCUUGGAGGUCCCUUAGUACAUUUUGUAGCUCCACAAGGGGUCCACAUGACAGAGUAAAUGGAACUGGCCUUUCCUAUUUUUGCACAGUUAAGAGAGGUGUUCAGCACUUGGUCUCAUCCUUUACUUGCUUGUCUCUGUUCUUUCAGGAAUUUGGUAACACCUUAACCAUUUCAGUCUGAUCGGACGGGAACCCAUUUUCACCACCCACUCCUUCGCCUCUGUUCAGAGGAAUUCCCAGAAAGAGCAAAGAAUCAUAAGGUCCCCUUUAAAGUAUUGUUUAAUAGUUGAGGCCAAAUCCUUACAUGCAAGUCUGGGUUAUGGUUCUUUUGCCUUUCUUAGCUUGUGAAGUAAUUCUAAAUCCAGAGGAAAUGUGUGAUGUGUACGUAGACUGAGUCCCAGUUUAUAUCAGGGGUAGCUUAGUGUCUAGGAUUAGGACUGGAAAUACAUGUAAUGUUGAAUUAAGGAGCACUCUUUGUCCUCUUAAUUUGGAAUUUGGUCGCUAAUUGACUAGGGAUAUGUGAACCAGGACUGGUGCCUUUUUUGUUUCUCAGCUUGAAUUAAGAUGGGCUGAGAUGGGGCUUGCAAUAUUGUACGUGAGCUCAGCAUCCAUAAGCAAUAAAUUAGGAUUAAAUAAAGAUGUUAGGGAGGAACUGACAACCGCUUUAUAAUUUUUUAUAUGUUCCGAGUAAUGAAUGAUGAUAAAUUUGCCUGACUAAAGCCACUGCAAAAAUUUGAGCUUGACUAUAUAGAUAAGAGCUAAGAUUUGUUUCACAGAAAGACUCAUUCCCUUUUAUAGAUCCAUAGGCAGUGGCUAUGGAUCUAGUCGUCUGUAGUAAAUGUCUUGUAGGGGAGGGUUUGUGAGGGGGUAUUCACUGGUACUCUUGAGUGGUUUGAAGUGACCCAUUUAAUGAAUUAUUGACUACGGUGCCAAAAAAUAUAUGACUUGAAGUGACUUAUUCUAUGAAUUGUUGACUACGGUGCCAAAAAAUAAGUAAUAAAGCUUGAUUUUUUUAAAAACCCA